UGUGAUAAAACAUGGAAGCAACAAGAAUGGGUUUUGGACUUAGAGCUUAUUCUCACCUUCGAAAAUCCCCUCACUGUCCUAAGACCAAGCUCUCACUAUUCCCUCGCCGUUUGCUUCACAUCCACACUUUGUCUUGGAAGCCCACAAAUCUCGACUUGUUCGUUGUAAGGUCUCAUGAUCUUGAAGGUAGUCGUCCUUCAACGCACUUUUCUCCUUCCCUUUGGGGAGAUCACUUUCUCUCUGUUUCCCUCGACCGCGCUGAAUUUGAUGAACAAGAAAGAGAGAUUGAAGCUAUGAAGCCACUGGUGAGAGACAUGCUUAUGUCUUCUCACGGCAGCGACAAGGAGAAGAUUCGUCUCAUCCAUUUGCUCAUCAGCCUCGGGAUCUCUUACCAUUUUGAUAAGGAGAUUCAAGAGAUCCUUAAACAGAGUUUCACAAAGUUGGAUGACCUAAUAGUCGGGGAAGAUGAUUUGGAAACAAUCUCCAUCAUGUUUGAGGUCUUUAGACUGUACGGUCACAAGAUGUCCUGUGAUGCCUUGUAUAGAUUUAGAGGUGAAGAUGGGAGGUUCAAGGAGAGUCUAGCCAGAGAUGUUAGAGGACUGCUACAGUUGUUCGAAGUAGCGCAUCUUGGAACAUUCUCUGAAGAUAUAAUGGAUGAAGCAAUGAGUUUUACUAGGAAUCACUUGGAGUCUUGGGUAUAUGGCAACGUAUCUAGUGAAACUACUCAUCUCUCUAAGCAUAUACAAAACUCAUUAUACAUACCUCGAUACUGUAACAUAGAAGUAUUAGUGGCAAGAGAAUAUAUAUCUUACUACGAACAAGAACAAGGUCACGACGAGAUCCUGCUCAAGUUUGCAAAGCUUAGCUUCAAUUUUUGCCAGUUUCUUUACAUUCAAGAACUCAAAACUCUCACCAAAUGGUGGAAGGACUUAGAUCUUGCAUCUAAGCUACCUUACAUUAGGGAUAGGCUAGUAGAGUGUCAUUUCGGGGCUCUGGGAGCGUAUUUCGAGCCGCAGUAUUCGCUUGCGAGAAUCAUCAUGGCUAAAAUCAUCAUGAUCGUUGUUGUUGUUGAUGAUACAUAUGAUGCAUAUGCAACCCUUCCCGAAGUUACAGCUCUUACAAAAUGUUUGCAGAGGUGGAGUAUUGAUGUCAGUGAUACAUUACCAGACUAUUUACGAAUCGUUCUCGGAAGUUUGUUUGAAGUCAUGGAAGAUAUUGAACUAGAGAUGAAACCAAAAGGAAGAUCGUACGGCGUGACACAAGCAAUAGAGAAGCUCAAGAUCCUUGUGAAGGCAUACCUCGAGAUAGCAAAGUGGGCACGGACGGGUCAUGUAUCAACCUUCGAUGAGUACAUGAAAGUUGGGUAUGUGUCAGGUGCAAUGGGUGAUUUUGCAUCGUACAGCUUUAUUGGUAUGGAAGACAUAAAUGAGAAGCAAUCUUACGACUGGCUCAAUUCCAAUCCCCUAAUCAUCAAAAAACUGUCUUUAAUGUUCCGUCUAUCAAAUGACGUAGGAUCCUACGAGACCGAGAUAAGCAGAGGAGAGGUUGCUAAUGGACUCAACUGUUACAUGAAACAAUAUGGAGUCACCAAGGACAAAGCAUCCCAAGAGUUGCGUAAAAUGUACAGAGACCACAAAAAAGUGGUUAUUGAGGAGUUCAUGAACUUACAUGAUGACCAUGUCCAUGUGCCUCGCCAGGUUCUGCUUCGAUGCCUCAACUUUGCACGUAUCUUCGAUGUUUUCUACACAGAGGGUGACGGAUUUAGUGAACCCAAAAGCAAAACCCAACACUUUAUGACCUCCUUGUACGUUCACCCAAUACCCAUUUCAUAAUGACGUGGAACACACACCACCAAUUCUAUGUUCAUCAUAAUGAAGAAGUUUUAUGACUAUGUUUAUCCCAUCUAAGUUCAUUCGGGAAUAUUUUCGUGGGUUCUGUUACUUAAGGUAUGACUAGCUUUGAGAACAGUUACAUUGACGAUUUUAUUUCAGACAAUUCUCUGUAAUCCCUAUUAAAUGCAUCGUAUCUCCACUAA